AUGACUAUCGAUGUUGAGAAGAAGCUCACCAUGUCGCUGGAUGACAUUGUGGCUGCUGCAAAGCCUAAGCGUUCAGCUCGAACUCCUACUAUUACUACUGGUGCUGGUAAGAAGACUUACGCUGGUCCUAUCCGGAAAGGUCGUGGUGCUACUAUGAAGGCCGCCGCUCAGCCCUACAACAAGGCCUCGGGAAACUAUAUUCGUGUCCAAUGGCAGCAACAGCAACAGUCGUCGUAUGGAAGUGGUGGGAAGAAGAAUUGGAAGCAGCAGAGUGGUGGGGGUGGGUCGGGGUAUCGAGACAACCAAGGCAAGGGUAGCUACCAUGGAACCACCUCGACUAACAACAAGAGUUGGGGUGGUCGCUGGAACAAAGGAGGCAACGAUCAGUCAAGUUGGAACCAACAUGACUAUCGUGGUAACGACUAUGAUGACAAGAAAGAAAACAACAACAGGUCUUACUACGCUCGGAAUGUUGAUUUUGGUGAUGCCCAACAAACCAACAAUAAUGCUACCGCUAUUACUACUACGCAGCAGUCAAGAGGUGGCAGAAGAAGAGUCGUGGUGAGCAACAUCCCCCACGAUCUCACUUGGCGCGAGAUCAAGCAAGCCUUCUCCAGUGUUGGAACUGUUGUUCACUGCGAAGUUGACUCGUCUGGACCGAAAGGCGCUAUCGCCAACCUUACUUUCUCUGACCCAAGUGGUGCCAGGCAGGCAGUUGAGCUCUACGACGGUGGCGAUAUGAACGGCCGAAGAAUUCACGUCAAUUACGCCUGAAUGCGCAGUGGAAGUUUCGAGCCAUGGCGGCGAGCGAAGGUAUUAUUGAAGGUUCUUGAGUGUAUUUUAUUGCUGACGACGUUAUUGGAUUAUUGUCACUACUACUAGUUUAACCGCUAUUUUUCGGUCUC